AUGAGUGAAGAUGCAUGGGACAGUCACUGCGAGGAAAUACACUCUGAAACGGGGGAUGGUUACCUGUAUCACCUGAUCAAUGCCAUCGUGGACUCGCUGCCCCUGGUCGCAGACAAAGGUGCCGACAAGGACAUUCUCAAGGUCAUAACAGAGCCCUUCACCAAACUGAUUAUCCAGAUCGACAAGAACGCCAUCAACAAGAUUGCAGACGGCACGGAUCCUGACUUUGACUACGACCGCGCCAUCAUGAAGGUGUGCUGUGACAAGAAGACACCUGCACAGUGCUGUGAGACCAAAAAGUCGAAGGUGUUCAAGACUGCGGUCAACUACACGCAUGCGCAGAAGACUGGCUUCUGUCAGGAGCUUAGCGCAUGCGUGGGCCGGAACCAGACAUGGCACGAGGACUGCACGAGCACGCCCUGGAGUAACAAGACAUGGAGCAUCCAGAGGCUCGUCACACAGGUCGACUGUGACGCUUUCCAGGGCACGAGGUCAGAGGUCGACUGUUGUAAGAAGAGGAUAGACCUCAACCAGACCCUGGACUGCUCCGGCGUCAGCAGCUGUUUCAGCUCCAGCUCCCACAACUUCUCCCUCUCCAGCUGCGCCGUGAGCAACGUCAGCGUCAUGGACGAGCUUGUGGGUGAGGACUUCUCGUGCACGCUGUACACGAGGGACGUGGAGAAGAUGACGUGCUUCAAGGAAUGUGAGUUUUUAUUCAAGGGAAUGUACUCUACAUUAAACGACAAAGCUAUCGGAGCAAUCAUGCUGGUUAUCUCCCUUACAAUUCUCUGCCUGUGUCUUGUCGCCAUUGUCAAACUGCUGCUCUCCCUUCUCCAAGGCCCCAUCGCUCUCAUCAUCAAAAAAUUCAUCAACGCGGACUUUCCCGGACCGCUGGGCUACCUCACCGGAUACCUCACCAUCAUCAUCGGCGCCGGGUUGACCAUCAUCGUCCAGAGCUCCUCCAUCUUCACCUCCACCCUCACCCCGCUCGUCGGCAUCGGGGUCAUCGAACUCGACCGGAUGUACCCUUUGACCCUGGGGUCAAACAUCGGCACCACGACCACGGCGAUUCUCUCAGCCUUAGCCAACACGGACGGCCUCAGAAACGCGUUACAAGCAGCCUUCUGCCACCUCUUCUUCAACAUCACCGGCAUCCUCCUGUUCUACCUUAUUCCCUACCUCCGCUUCCCCAUCCCGCUUGCCAAAUUUCUAGGCAACUGCACGGCCGAGUACCGCUGGUUCGCCAUCGUCUACAUCCUCCUCAUGUUCUUCCUCUUCCCCGCCCUAGUCUUCGCUCUCUCCAUCCCGGGCUGGUACGUCCUCCUCGGCUUCCUCGGGCCCGUCUGCCUUCUCUUCAUCAUCAUCGGCGUCAUCAAAUGCCUGCAGGCUAAACGUCCCCAGAGCCUGCCCAGAAAGCUCCAAGACUGGAUGUUCCUACCCCAGCCGCUACUGUCUUUAGAACCCUAUGAUCGCGCCAUGCAGAAAGUCUUCUUCUGCAAGCGGUUCCAGACAGACUCUACCGAGAAGACAGACACUGGUGCCACGUCAGACAGACAAGCUAACGGAGAGUCCAGCACGCGACUUUAG